AUGUUAUUUUUGCUGGAGGCGAGUAAUACAUCAUGCAUUGAUGGUGAUUCUCUUUGCAUAACGCUGUAUCACGGUUCAGGUGGUACCACAGCUUGUGUUGUCGCAGGCCGCCUGGCUGCAUGGGAUCCCUCGCUCAGUAUCCUAAUUCUCGAAGGGGGCCAACACACGCUCAAUCAAGCUGCGCAUGUGCAGCCUUACCGAUUUCCAAGCCAUCUGGCACCUACGAGUACCACGAUGACACACAACGUUGGAAAUCCAAGUCCACAUCUCAACGGUCGUGCUCCGAUCGUUCAAUGCGCCCAUUGCAUCGGUGGAGGCUCAAGUCUAUGGUUUACACUCGUGCGCCUGCCUCAGAUUUUGACUGACUGGGGAGCCGAUGGGUGGGAAUCUAAGAACUUGAUCCCCCUCAUGAAGAAGCUGGAGACAUAUGAGGUGCAGCCCAAUCGUCCAACCCACGGGUACAGUGGACCUAUCAAAGUGUCCUCUGGUAGAUGCAAACUAGGUGCCAGCGAAGAGUUCAUCCGUGUUGGCACGAAGUAUCACAAGAGGCCAUACGUCGAAGACACUGAUGAUUUAGAAACAUGUAACACAUACAAAAGGUACGUUGACGGGACAACUGGAAGGCGUUCUGAUGCGGCCCACCACUAUGUCUACAACCAAGCUCACAACCCCAAUUUACAAAUUUGGGUCGAAAAGCGCGUGAAGCGCGUGAUUUUCGAAAAUAAGCGUGCCGUAGGUGUCGAGUUCACCAGCGAUCCAGUGUCUUGCCCAGACACGGGUCGGUCAUCCAGCGUCGUGAGGGCAUCAAAGCUUGUUGUUGUCUCUGCUGGGGCGUUCGGUUCGCCAGCCAUUCUCGAGAGGUCUGGGAUCGGUGCCGAAGCGAUCCUCAAGCGGUGCGAUAUCCAGCAACUGGGUCAACAGAUCACAACGUCGUCUUCGUUCCAUACAUUGCUGCUGACGGAGCUAUUACUAUGGACUCCCUAUGGCAUGGGAAAGAGAGUGUUGUCCAGGCAUUUCAGUGGCAGCGAUGCAAAAAUAAAAUGGCGUCCUGACGACGAUGAGCUGAGAGCCAUGGGUUCAGCCUUUCAACCACGAUGGAAAAAGUUCUUCCAGGACUACCCGGACAAGGCUGUUGCAAUAUUUUCCAUUUCUGAAGGAUACGCUGGGGCACUCUUGAGUAGCCUUCCUCCUCGCAAUUACUUGGUUGCUUUCUAUUUUACGCUUUACCCCGCGUCUGCCGGUAGUGUUCAUAUCAAAUUGGACGAGAACGGCCAGGAAGGAAUCGACUUUAAUACUGGCUUCCUGGAUGAUCCAUCCGAUAUUGUACCUCUUAACUUUGGGUACAAAAAGAUGCGCGAAAUUUUUCGACGCAUGCCUUCAUACAGAGGUGAAGUCCCCGCCACUCAUCCCUAUUUCCCAGAGGGAAGCGCUGCAGUCUGCGGAGAAACGACCGGGCCGGUGAACUUGAAUGCGCCUGACUUAAUCUACACAGCAGAAGACGACGAGGCGAUCGAUCGAUACCAUCGUGACCGCGUACUAUCGACAUGGCAUUCGCUCGGGACUUGCGCCAUGAAGCCGAGGGCAGAUCAAGGGGUUGUUGACGCUCGGCUAAACGUUUACGGCGUGACAAACCUCAAGGUUGCGGACAUGUCUAUUGCGCCGAAAAAUGUUGGCACGAACACAUAUUCGACAGCACUUCUCAUUGGAGAGAAGGCUGCGAUGAUCAUUGCUGAUGAACUGGGUAUUGAAUGCAGACCAUACAGAAUGAUCAUGAGCAUGUACUUUAUGUGUCGAUCGUUGAUGCCCAUGUUUCAAAAUUGUGAGGACAAUAUAUGGAUUGCAAAUUAUUACCUUCUGGCAAGGAUCAGCACACUCUUGACCCUCUCCUUCCACACACAUUUUGCGUGCCGCCUUCGUAUCUUUGAAUUUGAUCCCGGGCCUGCUCUAAAUCUCGACUUUUCGGCAUGGAAUCACGGACCACAUGGUAUCAAAUUGCUGGAUUCUUAUCAACUGAUACACGAAUACAAUGCCUCCUGUGAUUUCGACGUUUGCAAGGGAUAA